UUCCCCGCCCCUGGAGCGGAGGCAUAUAAGACCCUCCGGGGCACUCCUUUUGGGCUGCUUGCGGGGAUCUUCCUGGCAGCAGGAUUCUUCAGGGUCCGAGCAGAGCAAGAACUAACCCACGUCCACCAUGGCCGAAUGUGGGGGUUGUGGCCCCGGAUACAAAUCUCCGCUGGAGGCAAUGAAAGGGCCCCGGGAAGAGAUUGUCUACCUGCCCUGCAUCUACAGGAAUACUGGGAUAAAGAAACCGGACUACCUGGCAACGGUGGAUGUGGAUCCAAAGUCCAAAACCUACUGCCAGGUCAUCCACCGCUUGCCGAUGCCCAACGUCAACGACGAGCUCCACCACACCGGGUGGAACGCCUGCAGCAGCUGCUUCGGGGACACGACCAAGAAGCGGAACCGGCUCAUCCUUCCGAGCCUCAUCUCUUCCCGGAUUUACAUCGUCGAUACGGGGACAGAUCCCCGCGCGCCCAGGCUCUAUAAGGCGAUUGAGCCCAUCGACGUGUACUGGAAAUGCAACCUGGCAAAUCCUCACACCACACACUGCCUGGGCAGCGGAGAGAUCAUGAUCAGUACCAUGGGAGACCCUUCUGGCAACGGGAAAGGUGGCUUCAUCCUGUUGGACGGAGAGACCUUUGAGGUGAAAGGGAACUGGGAGAAAGGCAGCAAGGUCCCCCCGCUGGGCUACGAUUUCUGGUACCAGCCGAGGCACAACGUUCUGAUGAGCACAGAGUGGGGGGUGCCGAAGUGCCUGGUAGAGGGGUUCAACCCGGCCGAUUUGGAAAAAGGUUGCUAUGGUGGGAACAUUAACGUGUGGGACUGGACCACCCAUGAGCUCAUCCAGACGAUCGAUGUGGAGAAAAACUCCAUCCCCUUGGAGAUCCGGUUCCUCCACAACCCGGACGCCGCUGAGGGUUUCAUCGGCUGUGCCCUCACCAGCACCAUCCAUCGGUUGUACAAGGCUAAGGAUGGGACUUGGGCAGCAGAGAAGGUGGUUCAAGUCCCCAGCAAGAAAGUGAAAGGCUGGCUUCUUCCUGAUAUGCCAGGUCUCAUCACAGACAUCUUGAUCUCCCUGGACGACCGAUUCCUGUAUUUUAGCAAUUGGCUUCAUGGAGACAUCCGCCAGUAUGACAUCUCUAAUACCCGGGAGCCCAAAUUGGUGGGACAGGUGUUUUUAGGUGGCAGCAUCGUGAAAGGAGGGCCUGUCACAGUGGUCGAGGACCAAGAACUGGACUGCCAGCCCGAUCCGUGCAUCAUCAAGGAGAAAAGGGUCCAGGGGGGACCCCAGAUGAUCCAGUUGAGCUUAGACGGCAAGAGACUUUAUGUGAGCAACUCCCUCUACAGCGGCUGGGACAAGCAGUUCUACCCUGACAUGGUCAAGGAAGGCUCGGUCAUGCUGCAAAUUGACGUGGACACCGAGCACGGUGGCUUGAAGGCGAACAAGCACUUCCUGGUGGAUUUUGGGAAAGAGCCGGAGGGUCCUGCCCUCGCCCAUGAGAUCCGCUACCCGGGGGGAGACACCACCUCAGACAUCUGGGUCUGAGGGAAGGUCCGGAGAGAGCAGAAGGCCGCUGUGCAUAAGAUAUGAGCCCCCUUUUCUAACGCUUUUCCUAACUCCGGGUGUGAAAAUGGAUGCAGGUGGGCCUCUAAACUUGAUGAAAUGCAAGCUUUCAAACCACUCUGAGACUGGUUUGGUGAGCUCUAACCUGUAAUCUCUCCCCCCCUCAAAAAAAAACAAACAAACCUCUAUUAAACUAAAUUACAAUUCCCUCUCCAACAGGAGAGUCAAAACAGGCCUGAAACUGAUUUAAAUUGUGUGAUAUGAAAGUUUUUUGAACUUUCACACUCCGAGGCUUUGAAAACAGCAACUCAUAGCACUUUCUAUAGGGCCUGUAGCCAAAACUUUUAUUUCACCUAACCACCACGCAGCAGAGGAGUUUGAAGAAACUCAUUUCACGUGGCCGAGCUCGUAUCUAAUGAGAACGUAUUCUGAAUGCAUCAUCCCAUUUGUUUCAGCCGUUCAGCAUAAUCCAACUCAUAAUCUGAAUUUGUAAUCUGAAUGUCUCUACUUCAUUUCUGAAAUUCAGCACCUUCUAUGUUGCUGCUGUUGCUAAAAGAAAGUGGCUCAGAAAAUUACCUUGAACAAUAAAAGUUUGCUUCCA